AAGAAAAAUGUCUGAAUUACAUAAAUGGUUCAUUGUAAUUACACAUGGGAAACUGGAGUAGAUCUCAAAUAUGUCCUGGAAUAAUUGUGUUUGACUGGAACCAAAUUCUUGUGAAGGAUGAGAUUCUAUGCCAAAUCGAUGCUGCUGUCUCACUGGCUCUUUCUGGUCUGUGCGCUAAUGGUGUGCUGCAAAUUGUUGUCCGCCUCUAGCCACCAUCUCCGGGGACACCCAGGCCAGCACCAAGUCAAGCAAGGGACAUGUGAAGUGGUUGCAGUCCAUCGAUGCUGCAAUAAGAAUAGAAUAGAGGAGCGAUCUCAAACUGUGAAGUGUUCUUGCUUUCCUGGGCAGGUUGCUGGUACGACAAGGGCUCAACCUUCUUGUGUUGAAGCCUCCAUUGUCAUUCAGAAAUGGUGGUGUCAUAUGAACCCUUGUCUGGAUGGAGAGGACUGUAAAGUGCUACCAGACUAUUCAGGCUGGUCUUGCAGCAGUGGCAAUAAAGUCAAAACUACCAAGGUAACCCGAUAGCCCUGAACAAGCUGUACUUUGUCAUUGGGAUGAAAAAGAACAUGAGGCUGCCUCAUUUGGAUUAUAACAGAGACUGGUUUUUGAGGUUCUCAUGGACUUCAAGAGUUUGACCCACUUAAGUGUGUUUGGAGGAAAACCUGUGACUUCGUCUUUUUACAAUUAUGUCAUUUUUCUGCUCCUAUAACAAUAUUCCACAUAUUGAGAAAUAUGUCCAUUUUCAAGAGUGUCUGGAAACCUGAAGUGGAUCAAGUUUAAAGGACUUAUUUGCUUAUGAUGUCAUGACGGACGUUUUUGGUCUCCAGGAAGCAGUAGGUAAAUUUAAAGAAAUCAGCGUGGUUUUUUUUGUGUGUAUGUACUUUCUCUUUUACAGUUUCUUGGAAUGGUCUAAAAUUGCUCCAAAUGACAAAAGGACUUAAACAGUGGUGCCAUCAUCAUCCGUGGCAUUUGUUGAGUGCUUAGUGUUUGCAGAGCACUGUUCCAGCCUCUUGGGAGAGUACACUACAAUGGAAUUGCUAGGCACGUUCCCUGCCCACAUCAUGUCUGAGUGGGUCUACAGUUGAAUUUGAUAAAGUCAGUGAAGAUGUGAAAAAAAUAUUAGGAAUCACUAGCAUUAGCAAAUGUAAUGUUUGUUUCAACUAGUGUAAUUUCACUAUUUCCUUGAUAAAUUAAUGUCCUAACUUUUAAUUAGUAAUGGAAAGUGACAAUUGAGUUAGAUUUAGACUUUGUUGUAUUAAAUAUGUUAGCAAGAGAAAUAGUAGAGUUUGAAUUAUUCUUUUGUAUUCUGAUUAUGAAACAAAAUUUAGUUUUAAUAAAUAUUUCAAUUGAGCUAUUUUGCCUCAAAAAUCCUAUGAAAAACAUAUUUAUGGAAAUAGUAAUUUGGUUGAAUUUUUAUAGCCCUGGCUAAAAUAAGAUAGUUAAAUUACUUUAAUUAAUUUAAAUUGGAUACAUAUCUCUAUUCUAAAUGAAAAAAGCAAUCCCUCAAAUAGAGCUUGUUUAUGCUAAUUGUUAUAAGUAUAUAAUUCCUUUAACAAAUGAUUCAUUUUGUGACAAAUAAUUGGUUUCAUAGUAUGUAAGAAUGAUCUCAUUGUUUUUCCCAUCCGCCUCUUAGACUGGUUUCUCAUCUUAUUUCUAGGCUAUAGCUGUAAAAGGAAGUUAAAUUUGAGUCAUUCUUUUCUUAGUUAAUUUGUAAUUGAGAUGCCUCAGAAUAGAUUUAAAGCAAAGGUGCAGAUAGAUAUUGUGCAGUUGAACCGCUAUUGACCCACUUAUUGAAUGUUAGCUAUUGUUGUUUUAGAAAUUACUGUGAUAAUAUAGGACUGAUUUUACAUAAAAAAGCCAAAAAAAGAAUACUUUGUUGCACUAAUUUAGUUGAUUGUGCACAUACUUUCUAAUUUGUUAACAAUACCACCAUAUGAGAAUGAAUGGAAAUAUUUGUAGAAAAUAAGGUAUUUUAAGUUUAUUUGUCAUAGGAGUCCUAUUUUUUUUUAACUUUGUAAUGUUUAUGAUCAUGUUAGCUAUUGUA